AUGGGCUGGCGCUGGCACGACGACGACGACGGCGACGGCGAGGCCGACGGUGGCCGCGGGCUGGGCGGCGUCCCUGACCUGGCGGGCCGAGGCGGCGGCGAGGGGGCGCACGUCGGCACACGCCGGGUGGUGCAGUCCCGCUGCCACACGGAGGAGGUGGAGCCCGGCCGCUUCGUCCGCAAGUGCGAGAAGACCGAGCAGCUCCUCCGCGACUGCGUCGGCAGGCCCUCCGAACUGGUGGAAUCCAAAACUGAGCACACUGAAGAAGAUGUCACAGAUGAAAUGACAGGCGCCUCACACUCUCUCGGCUUCCCAACAAAAGAGCCCUUUGCAUUUCCAGGACUUCGCAGCGACAUAGAAGCUAUUGAGAAAGACUUCACUGGGAGCCUCAGUAGCUUUAUGGAGGAAGCUGAGCGGAUGACCAACGAUUUCUUCAGAUCCUUUGGGUUUCCUUCCACUCAUGACGAGGAGUCGAGAGCACUUCCUAGGCGACCUGUGGAGAGGCAUGUUGAGGAAGGUACCGCGAAGAAGGCCAAUGAGAAUGAGUACUCGGAAUUCGGGAGCCAGAUCACAGAUGUGUAGCAAGAUGCAAUCAUAUCGCUUACUGUCUCAGAGCUGAAGUCUGUGUUUCACUGGAUAUCUAGGGUUCUUGUAUGGUUUAUCUUUCGAAAAUUGAAGUGUCAUGGUUAUAAUAACGGAAUAUGUAGAAAACCGUUUGGGAGACUUUACCUGCCGUGGUUAUCCUAAUUCCUAAGUGUUCGGCUUGUUGUUGUAUGGGCAAUUUUGUACAGUUCUGUUUUCAGUCCUUUCAGCUAAACAAUUCGCACUCUUGAACCAA